UGUAGCUCAAUGAAACUCGUUAUUGCUUUGUUGAACUGGGUGCUCUUUUGGGUCUUGCAAUUAAAAUCAAUAUAUGGAGAAGUCUCUGGAGAUGGCAUCUCUAGGGAGUGGACCAGAAAAAGAAUGAAGUGUCCUCCUGUGAGGCCAACUGAACACACUGGCGUAUAUGUACAGGGAGGAAGCAAUCUUUCCUAAACUCAUACCCCCUUCACAACUGCCCUAAGGCCAAGUGUCCUCUGGGAAGCAGAUGAAUGAAAAAUCAUAGUUCACACCGAAGAAAUCUCUGGAGAAAAGUUGCUGUGAAACUGGAAUAGGUGUGUCUUUCUGUCCUUCCGGUUCUUUUUAUUGGUGCUGCAGGAAUCUGAGUGAGAGCCUACAGUUCUUCCGCCCAUUUGGGGAGAGAUUAAAGAAGCCAAGGUUGUCUCCUUCUUACUCAUUGGCAGUUACAACCUCACCGCCACUACAGCCUCAGCUUCCAGAGAGGACACAGAGGAGAGGACCAGAAGACCAUUCUUGUGAGGGCCACCAAAAGCCACCAUGUAUGAGGACUGCGUCAAGUCCACUGGGGAGGAUUAUUACCUCUUCUGUUACACUGAGGGGCCAUGGGGUGUUGUGAUGGAGUCCUUGGCGAUAACUGGCAUAGUGGUUACUGUUCUGCUGCUCUUGGCAUUUCUCUUCCUCAUGCGAAAGGUUCAAGACUGCAGCCAGUGGAAUGUCCUCCCCACCCAGUUCCUCUUCCUUCUGGGUGUACUUGGGCUCUUUGGACUUGCUUUUGCCUUCAUCAUCCAGCUCAAUCAACAAACUGCCCCCGUACGCUUCUUUCUCUUUGGGGUCCUCUUUGCUCUCUGUUUCUCGUGUCUCUUGGCUCAUGCCUCCAACCUGGUGAGGCUGAUGCGGGGUAGAGUCUCCUUCUCUUGGACCACAAUUCUGUGCAUUGCUAUUGGUGUCAGCCUGCUGCAGAUCAUCAUUGCCAUUGAGUACGUGACUCUCAUGAUGACCAGAUGCAUGAUGUUUGUGCACAUGGCACCCUGUCAGCUCAAUGUAGACUUCGUUGCACUCCUGGUCUACGUCCUCUUCCUGAUGGCCCUCACGUUCUUCAUCUCCAAAGCCACCUUCUGUGGCCCAUGUGAGAACUGGAAGCAGCAUGGAAGGCUCAUCUUCAUCACUAUGCUCAUCUCCAUCAUUAUCUGGGUGGUGUGGAUCUCCAUGCUCUUGAGAGGCAACCCCCAGCUCCAGAGACAGCCCCAGUGGGAUGACCCCGUCAUCUGCAUUGCCCUGGUCACCAACGCAUGGGUUUUCCUGCUGCUGUACAUCAUACCUGAGCUCUGCAUUCUCUACAGAUCAUGGAAGCGGGAUUGCGCUUUACAAAGCAAUGCUUGCUCAGUCCCAGCCUGCCAACACAGCUUCAGAGCGGAGAACCAGGAGCUCUCAAGAGCCCGAGACAGUGAUGGAGCUGAGGAGGAUGUAGCAUUAACUUCAUAUGGUACCCCCAUUCAGCUGCAGACUGUUGAUCCCACACAAGAAUAUCUCAUCCCACGAGCUCAAUUAAGCCCCUAGCAAGAUGCAGCAUUAUAAAGCCCACAGGAAAUAUGAGCAGUGAAAUCCCAGAAGACGAUCCUGGUUAAUGUAGCCCUGACAGGCCACUGGGAAAGCCAUGGGGUCACACAGCCAGUGAGGUAUCAGCUCAUAUGCCCUUCCUGGUUUCCUUGCUCUAUCUGGACUCUUCAUCAGAAGACUGCUCUUUCAAAUAUAAUUACAAUCUU